GAGCCCUCACUCCUCACCACAGAGUGGAGCACCCAGCCGCACACUCACGCAUACACACACCACACACACACACACACACACACACAUAUACACACACACACACAUAUACACACUCGCACGCGCACACACACACACACACUCUCACACACACACACACACACAUAGGCACAAUUACUUCCACUCGCGCAUUCACACUCACACAGGCAAGUGGAAAGACAAGGAGGCAGCGGGAAAAGAAGGCUUCAGCCAGACGCUGGAGAGAAAGAGCAUUGUGUGGUGGACUUGUCUCGGGGUUCAGGAUAGUACUGGAUUUCCCUUUUAAAGGAGUUUGUGCUGCUUCCCCUGGUGCUCAAAGCUGGACUCCUUGUGAGCUCCUUGUUCCCAGGGACGGUUUUGGUCUCACUGACGGUGAUCAGAUUCAGCUCUCUCAGCGCAGCUACAUCAUCCCUCUGCAUCGCGUCUUUGUGUAUAAACCAGAGCAGGACACAUCGGAGCAGACUGGCUUGGAAUAUCUGACAGCCUUUGGAGAGAUCUGAAAUUGUUCUGACCCAAGAGAUAGAAAAACUACAGGGACGGAGACAAAGUCGAGGCAUGAGCAGGAGACAAGGAGCUCGCUUUCCAUAAGAAGUGAUAUCUGCCACCCCUCCUUCCUCCUUCUUCCAUCGCUUCCUUUUCCUUUUCUUCAUUAUCACUGCUUCUUCUCUUUCUGCACAGACCUCUCCUUCCCCGACUCUCUGUUCUCCCCUCAUCUUCUUGUCCAAUCUCCCAUAGGAAGAGCAGGAGGAGAGUGCAGCUCACACACUGAGAGCGCAACUCCCACACAGUGACAGACAUAAGGACAGCCGGAGGUCCCGUGGCACUCCCCAUCACUCUCUCACACUCCCUCCAUCCUCUUUUCACUGCCUUUUCUGCACGGAUCUAGCCUCUGGCCCAACGAGCAGAGGCAUUCAGAGUUUUGGAGCGAGCACACAAGUCUCAGUAUCCUGCCACGGCAAGAGGGAUUCCAGCUACAUGGGCAAACGCUUGGAACAGCAACCAAUGUACCCCCAGUACACCUACUACUACCCUCACUAUCUCCAGACUAAGCAGUCCUAUGCCCCUCCCCCUCCUCCAAUGGCUCCACCCAGUCCCAGCACCAAUAGCAGCAGCCAGAGUGCAGUGGAGCAGCUCAGUAAAACCAACUUGUACAUCCGCGGCCUCCCUCCUGGCACCACCGACCAGGAUCUCAUCAAACUCUGCCAACCGUAUGGGAAAAUAGUAUCAACGAAGGCAAUCCUCGAUAAAAACACCAACCAGUGCAAAGGUUAUGGCUUUGUGGAUUUUGACAGUCCUGCUGCAGCUCAGAAAGCCGUGGCUUCGCUGAAGGCAAACGGAGUGCAGGCCCAGAUGGCCAAGCAACAAGAGCAGGAUCCUACUAACCUGUACAUCUCCAACCUGCCUGUGUCCAUGGAUGAACAGGAGCUGGAGAAUAUGCUCAAGCCCUUCGGCCAUGUCAUCUCCACACGGAUACUACGGGAUGCCAACGGAGUCAGCCGGGGAGUCGGCUUUGCCAGGAUGGAGUCCACUGAGAAAUGUGAUGUGGUGAUUCAGCAUUUCAACGGCAAGUUCCUCAAAACCCCUCCAGGAGUGCCAGCCCCCACAGAGCCGCUGCUGUGUAAGUUUGCAGAUGGGGGUCAGAAGAAGCGACAGAGCCAGAGCAAGUAUCCCCAGAACGGCAGACCGUGGCCUCGGGAAGGAGAGAGUGGAAUGGCGUUACCCUACGACCCUGCCGCAAUGCAGAAUGGGUUCUACUCCUCUCCAUACAGUAUCUCCACCAACCGCAUGAUCGCCCAGACAUCAAUCACACCAUUCAUCGCUGCCUCACCGGUUUCCACAUAUCAGGUGCAGAGUACAUCCUGGAUGCCUCACCAGCAGUAUGUUAUGCAACCUACUGGUGCUGUGAUUACGCCAGCCAUGGACCACACCAUAUCCAUGCAGCCAGCCAACAUGAUGGGGCCCCUCACCCAGCAGAUGAACCAUCUGUCCCUCGGCACCACUGGCACUUACAUGACAGCGGCAGCUGCUGCGGCUCCUAUGCAGGGAACCUACAUUCCCCAGUACACUGCGGUGCCUGCCUCAGCCAUCUCAGUGGAGGGGGUGGUGACAGAGGCUUCUCCGCAGAGCGUUCCUCCCUCUUCCCAGGAUGCCAGCGGGCAGCAGCAGCCUCUCUGUGUGGAUGGCACGGCCGAUCACGCGCCCACCUAUUCCUACCAGCCUGCUAAAUAACAAGAGGAGGAGGAGGGGGUGUUUGGGUGACUGCGUUGCCUUGAGAUUGGGGGACUGUGCUGAGGACAAAAAGAAAGACUGAGCAGAAGAUGUUUGGGUCCACCUUUGCACAAGCACCAAACAAAAGAGAGAAUUUAUCAGACAUCUGCGCAGAGCAAGAGAAGCCAGUGGAAGCCUACAUCAUGGUCAGAGGAGAGAGAUAUGCAGUCGUGGAGUUUAAUGGAUAUCUACAACUUUACAAGACAUUUUUUCUUCAUGAAGUGUUGAAUUUCAAGUACAAAGUACAAAGUUUUCCAGUUCUUUUCUGAAUGUGCAGGUAGGUUUUCAGCUAUGGUGAGUUUUCUAUAAGAGGAAGCAUGAGAGAGAGAAUGAGAGAAAAAAAAGAAGUCUUCCUCAGAUUCUAAGCUACUUUUACUUUUGAUUUUUUUUAUGAGUUAUAUUUUAGUUUUCUAGAGAAUAUCAAUGUUUAUCAUAUUUGUUGCCUUAAUUUUGAGAAACGUCGAAGACUUUUCCCAAACUGAACGUCUUGUUGCAAAAAAACAAAACAACAAAAAAAAAACACAAAAAAAAUCAAAGAAACAAAAAAAAAACUGUCUGAAAGAACAAUUGGAGCGGGGGACUUGUGAUAUUACCUGUACAGAGGAAUGAGAAAGGUCUUGUGAAGACAUUUUAAAAUUAUCAAUGGCGGCUUUGUGUUGAAAAGAAAGGACAGUCAAAAUAUAGUGACGUGUUUAAAGAGAGUUGCAUUUUUUUAGCAAAAAAAAAACACAAAAGAAGAAGAAGAAGAAAAUGUUAAAUCACUGCAUCCUGGGAAAUGCAGUUUAUUGUGUAGUGGAGAUCAUUUUUAAUGGCAUUAUUGUUUUUAUCUGCAAUAUUUUUAUGAGCUUUAAGGUGUUUUCAGCCUGCUUUGCUUGUUUCAUUGCAAAAAAAAAUAAAAAAUCAAAAACUAAAACCAGGAAAAAAAAAUACUGGCAGUGCAAAAGUACGUAGAUAGGAGCUUUUGAAUUAAAAUAAAGCAAAUGUGUGCAAAAAGCAAUAGUAAUAGGAAAUUGUUGACAAUUUCUUUAGUCUUUCUUAGCUGUGGAUCAAAUGCAGCCCAUGGAUGGCAUAUUUUAUACCAAAGAUGAAGAAACCCCGUAGAGACAGUGGAGUAGAUCUUUUCCUUUAUACUUUUUUCUUUGUUGUUCUAGUCUCUGUGUCUCAUAAGUAUUUGUUUGACCUUGACGGCCAGACCAGUACUUACAUUUGGGGUGGGUUCUGGGGUUAAACUUCCUUCCUCUGCUGCAGCUUUCCUACCAAUCACUCAGACAGAGAGAGGGCAAUACUCUUAGAUUGCAUGCGUUGUAUUGAGUGUGGUGUCUCCCCAGUAGAUGGCAUUAGAGAAGCUGUAAAAAGGAAAGUUCACUGACUCUCAGCUCUGUACAUCUCUGUUACAGCACCCACGGGUCACUGACUCAACGUCUCUCAGUGUUACAUAUUCAACACGGUUCCUCCGAUUCAGCUUUUCUGGAACGACAAGCUUUCAGGAAACGUUUUAAGGGUUUCAUGUCCUCAGUGUUGCAAACAUGUCAUGCCUAUGUCAAAAUUCAAGUAGUCACGUGUGUAUUUAAACUUUUGCAGUUUGCUACCUCAGUCUUAAGCAGUUCUACAGUGAGGAAACAGGAAGCUAAAUGUGUUAUGGGAACGGUAUGGAAUGCAUACUGGGAGUGAACUACCUGACAAGCCGCAUGAUAAAGCUCAACAGAAUUUCUUCUCAUGGCGUAGUGUUUCCCAGAUGUGCUUAAGUAAAUGACCCACUUUACAAAAUGUUCACACACACACAUCUGUUGAAAACCCCAGUGUUGGUGAAGAUAAUCAGUUACAAUGAAAAACAAGGUGAUUUUUUUUUUUUUUUAAUGUGGGAUCAGGUGGUUACUCCAGUGCCUUGUCAAAAAAAAAGGAAAGGAAAAAAAAUCAAUGAAGAGCUAAAUCUAUAUAAGAGUGACAUGCUAACUGUUUCGACCACACAUUCUACUUCUCACCUCAUUCUUACUAAACCAGUUUGCAAGGAAAUCUAAAACAUAGGAGUCACUUUUGAAAAAAAGAAAAGGAAAAAUAUCUAGCCGUCAUCCAUAAUUCACUAAUGAUCAAUAAAUAUUUCAUUGCUCAACAUGCAGUUUAAAUACACAUAGUGACGUUUCCGCUGUUAGUGAUCUGCUUUGUAUGCUCCACAAUGUUCAUUCAUAGCUUCACGGUCAGUUAUACUGAGCAAUUUCCUGUCGUACCCUACUCCAUAAUGAUGCUGAAAAUUCAAGGAAGUCUUUUCUAGACCCCAUUAUUCCGAAUCAAGGACUUGAGAUAUUUGCUGCACCGACUCGAUGCUAGCUGUUAAUCUGCAUGAGUAAUUUGUUGAGCCUCGUCUCUCAUCGUUGUCUCUUCACAUAGGGCAUCUCUGGGUGCUAACCAGUUCCCUCCUCAGCACGUACUGGCUAACAUCCGAUAAUGAGCCGCUACAGGUCAGGGUAUAAGCAAAGCUGGUGACUUGUAGUGAAGAUUCUUCUGUGUGGUCCCUUUUAUAUGUUGCUAAAGCAAACUGGUAGCUGCUGAUACCAUAGAAUUAGAUUUCUACUGCCAUGAAUGAAACGUUCUCUCACAGCGAUAUAAUUGAACUAUGUGGAUGCUGGGG